CAGAAGGUAGAUGUGGGCUUCUCCCUUUGGGUUGAGAGUCCUGGGAAGCGCUAAAAGUGCCUUGCGGAGAUUUUCAAGUCUUUCCUCUCUUGCAAGCGGAGUCCCAACCCCACACAACCCACCCCUGCGUUUGCUUUUCCAAGAGUCGGUGACCAGGCGGACUUUUCCUUGCGGGUUCUUCCUCCUUUUCCCCAAGCCCGUGCCAACGCGCCUGGGCUGCCAUCGCCGUCGUCUGUCCUCAGCGGCCACGCAAAAGCCCUGCGUGCACGGCGCCGCGUUUUCCCAACGCAAAGCCCCUGGUAAGGUAAACCGCCCCUACGCAGCUGCGCUGCUGCAGAUGCUGCCCACCGGUGUUCGCACUUGCUCGCUGCAGCACGGCGUUGACCCCGACGUGUUUGGAAAAGAACGGAAGGGAUCGGAGUCGUGCUCCACACCGGCGUCUCCGCCACGACCCCUCAAGUUGUUCUGUGCCGACGGUCGGGUAUCCUUAGAGACGUACGUGGGAAAAUGCACCCGUUUGCUCCUGCAAUUUGCUCCCGCAAUUUCAGGAGCCAAACUAGUAAAAUCCCGUCACGUCGGUGCGAAGUUGUUAAUGAGGUGUCCUACUCAGUAGAAACCCAGAGAAUCCUUUGAUUAAAACCAGUCCGAGUGGCAGAGGCUGA